AUGGAUCCGUCGAAUCAAAACCCGCCGAUCGCGACGACGCCCACUGACUCAAACACCAGCAUGGACCCGUCGAAUCAAAACCCGCCGAUCGAGCCUCCGCGGGCGCCGUCGCGGCGGUCGCUGUCGUCGCUGCGGCGGUCGCUGGAGCUGUCGCUGUGUCUGUGGGUGGGGCUGUCGCGGUAUCUGUGUCAGUUGGUCGGGCUGUCGCCGCGUCGGUCGUCGCCUCCGCCGCGGGCGCCGCCGUCGCAGGCGUCGUCGCAGGAGGCGUCUCCGGCCUUUCAAGGCUCUGGCUUUCGCUCCGUCCUCUUCUUCUUUGUCGCCAUCGCCUACUUGAUCCUUAUUCCAUCAACUUCAUCCAUCAAAAGCAGCUUAAGUAUUCUUCACCAAGUGCCAGAAGGCCAUGUUGGUGUAUAUUGGAGAGGUGGUGCGCUACUUAACACAAUUUCGGAUCCAGGCUUUCAUCUGAAGAUGCCCUUUGUGACUCAGUAUGAGCCUGUUCAAGUGACCCUCCAGACAGAUCAGGUGAAGGAUAUUCCAUGUGGUACUAAUGGAGGUGUUAUGAUAAAUUUUGAGAAAAUAGAGGUUGUUAAUCGCCUCCACAAGGAUUAUGUGUAUGAGACACUGCUCAAUUAUGGAGUGCAAUACAACCACAUGUGGAUUUAUGACAAGAUCCACCAUGAAAUCAAUAAGUUCUGCAGUUCUCAUUCCUUGCAGCAAGUGUACAUUGAUGUGUUUGAUCAGAUUGAUGAAAAGAUGAAAGACGCUCUUCAAUGUGAUUGCACAAGAUAUGCUCCAGGCAUUGAAAUAAUUAGCGUUCAUGUAACUAAGCCUACUAUUCCAGAUAGUAUAAGGCGCACCUUUGAGCUGCUGGAAGAAGAGCACAUAAAGGUCUUAAUUGCUAUUGAGAAACAGAAGAUUGCUGACAAAGAAGCGGAUACAAUGAAGAGGAUGGCUAUAAGUGAAGCUGAAAAGUUUGCCAGUGUUAGCGAGAUACUCAUGGGACAAAAGGAGAUGAAGAAAGACAGUGCCAGAAGGCAGCAGGAUAUAGAGAACCAAAUAUAUACCUGGCUCGGGAGAAGAGUCUGGCAGAUGCUGAAAGAGAGCCAAAUAUGUACCCAACUCAUGGAAGGAGUCUGGCAGAUGCUGAUUUCUAUCUUCCAUUGAAGGAAGCUGAAGCAAACAAGUUGGAACUUACGCCUCAAUUGCAGUUCUGCCGGCUGGUUUUGGAGACGGUCAUGUUGGUUAACAUUUCUAUUUUGGAUAAUAAUUUAUUUUUAGAAAUAGUCCUUGUCUAUUUCUAUUUCCUGUACUAUUUUUUGAAUAAAUGAACACA